AGUACCUACCUACCUCUUUAACCAUUCCAUUCAAUAGAGCUACCUAAAUGAGUUGUGUUACCAACUACAUAUUCAGCUCUAUAAAAUAGUUAAAUUCAAGUAAGAUUAACCAGCCUACUGGAUAAACGACUGCAGUUUGUCUUUUGGUAGGCUGGUAACUGGGUUGAGGAGAUCAGAUAGUUGCUCUAUGAGACAUACUAGUACCUACUCGGUUGCAUCUUGAGACUGGUGAUUCAUAAAGUAUGACGGAGUCAACGGCGACUGCUCAGACAAGGAGUCCGGGGACGUUGACAGGAACGGCCACAGAGCCUGGCACGCAGGUGACGCAGGAUUCCAAGAAACCAACCAAGGAGAAAGAGAUCCUGGUGAUACAAGACCAGGGCUUCUUCCAACAUGAUACUGGGGAUACAUACAACGGAUAUUUUGAGGCGAAGAAGAAAGAUCGCACUGUUAAAAUGCAAGGUCCCGGUGUAUACACAACAGCUGAAGGAGAUAGCUACACAGGAAGCUGGGAAGCGGAUAAAUUCGGCGGAGUUGACGAGGUCGUCAUAUCGUUCGCGGACGGAUCAAAAUAUGAAGGAAUCAUUAAAGAUUGGUGUUACACCGGCAAUAGUACGUACACCUAUCCUGAUGGGAGCGUGUUGCAAGGAGAGUUCAUUGAAAAUUGCCCGGUGGGUCAACUGUCAUUGACUGAUCCUAAUGGCCAUACCUGGUUAGGUAACGCAGACCAGGGUUUUGCAUGGUUUGAGCCGGUUAAUCACUACUACGAGUUUCUGGAGACCACUCGCGAUAUGAGCAAGAUGAAGAAACGCCAUAGGAAUGUUCUCCAAGAACCCUCGUCGAUGUCCAAAGGUAUGGUGGAAACGAUCCAGUGAAGGUGUAGGUUUAUGCAGAUACAAUGCAAUUAAGAAACGAUUGUGAAUUUGUAUUUUUUUGUAUGCUUGAAAUACACUCAAAUAUUCCAUCUA